AUGUCGGAUGAGAGAGACAAUGUGCUAGUGCAAGCCUUUUUAUCCCACGGGGAGAAUCAAAAGGAUUGCCUCCGUGUGUUUGCUCGUGGCGGGGGUAACAAUUACGGCUGCUACGUCCUCGGCUGGUGGGCCGUCCUCAUCGCGAAGGAAUACAUCAAGUCGUCUGCGGUGCUUAAGGAUUGGGGUACCCCAGCGCAGCCACUUGCAGCGGUGGUGGUCAAUGAGAACCUAUGCAAGGAGGUUAUUCGGGAUUGUCUUCUCCAUCGUGGCGUCUCGGUGGAGUACUACGAGCGCGCCGCGGGAGGGGGGUCCUAUGCGUGUGUGCAGCGCGGGUCUCCGGGAAAUAUUUCGGACUUCGAGGCGUCGCUUUUCGAGUUCGAGGAGACGGAGAUCCAACUAGUGUCGACGGCGUCGCUCGUGCUAAGCGACGAUGGCGCGAUCAGGGCGUCUAAUGGCGGGACCAGCAGCGGCAUCCGGGUCGGCUUCGCGUCCUUAAACGCGACGCUGCGGCAGUUCUCAUUUUCUGAGUACGUGGACACCGCCCAGCUCGUGAAUUUGGACGCAUUGGUGACGCAGACUAAUAUAAAGGAGCUAACACUCUGCACCACAGGCACCGCGCAUGAAGAGGAAUGCGUGCAAAACAUAAAACGCAUGAGUGAGCGUGCUGGGGCCAUUCUGCACCUUUCCACACUGCGUGAAUUGCGGCAGAGGCAAAAGCAAUCUGCCCUUUCUCGACCUUUGGACUCCUUAGCGGACCUCCUUCGCGUUCCCGAAGAGCGUAUUGUGCUUGACAGCUAUCCCCUCGCCACCCAGGCGCUGGAGAAUCUCAUGGGGGAGCUGGAUGUGCUGGACCCCACAAACCGGCGUGUCUUUUACCUGAAGCACAUCGCCCCCUCCACUUACAUGAAGCUCGACACCGCCGCGGUUGAGGCGCUACAUCUGGUAUCUAAAAAACCGGAGCCGCGAGGUAGUAUCCCGCGUUCUGUAUUCACCUGGCUGAACCGCUGCGUUACCGGGAUGGGCGCACGCGUUAUGCGGCAAUGGCUCCUUCAGCCACUACGAAACGUCGACGAUAUCAACCAGCGGUUAUCGAUGGUCGAGCUGUUUGUUGAAAGCCCCGCUGUACGGGACAUGCUAAUUCACCAAGUACUGAAGCGUUGUGGGGAUAUGGAUCGCUUGAAUCGCAAGCUACAGCGCCGCAGCUUGGCGCUGAAGGACACACAGAGCUUCUUGGCCUUUGUGGAUCUCAUUCCGGAGGCGCUGCAGAUUCUCAAGAUGUACAAUGGUCAAAGCGCGAAGCUGCUCGCGGACGAAUUCAUCGCCCCGCUUGAGGACAUCCACGAACACAUGGGAAACCUGCGACUGUUGAUUACCUCCACCGUGGACUUCUCCGACCGUGCGGCGGCGCGCAUGAAUGCCGAGUUUGAUGACGAGCUGCAGGAGAUCCAUCAUGAGCUCAAGGGGAUGCAGGCGGAAGUCGACAAGGAGUACGGACGGGUUCUUCGAACGUACGAUUGGAACGAGCGGCAACUCAAGUGUGAGUACCACCACACCUACGGCUACGUGUUCCGCGUCGCACGGAAGGAGGAUCGUCAGCUGCGCGCCAGCAGUGAGCUGAUUGUCGUGAGCACGUCGAAAGAUGGGGUCCGCUUCACCUCGGAGAACCUCUCCGCGCUGAGCGAUCGCUACCGGGCCGCGAGCGAGGCCUAUGAGGCGCGGCAGCAGGACCUGAAGCGGAAGCUGGUGGACACCCUCGCCUCGUACCUCCCCGUGCUCGACGACGCGAAGGAGAUGAUCGCGCGGCUGGAUGUGUUUGUCGCGUGGGCGCUGGUCGUCACGACGGCCCCGCGAGGGAUGGUACGGCCGGUCGUGCACGACCCGUUCCCGCGCGCCCUGGACGAGGAGGCGGAAGAAGGGGUGCCGCGGUUGUCGCUAAAGAACGUCCGCCACCCUUUAGUGGAGCUGCGGACGCCCGGGUUUGUGGCCAACUCCGUCCACCUCAGCGCGCGCGACGGGGUUGGGGUCCUCCUGACGGGCCCGAAUAUGGGCGGGAAGUCGACUUAUAUGCGGAGCAUCGGCAUCGCGACGGUACUCGCGCAGGCGGGCUGCUACGUCCCCGCCGACGCGGCGGAGCUGCAGCUGCGGGAUGCCGUGAUGUGCCGCAUCGGCGCGACGGAUCACCUCGCGCAAGGGGUCUCCACCUUUAUGGUGGAGAUGCUCGAAUCGGCCGCGAUCUUGUCGAGCGCGACGCCGCAGACGCUGGCCAUCGUCGACGAGCUCGGUCGCGGCACCUCGACCUACGACGGCUUCGGCUUGGCGUGGGCGAUCGUGAAGGAUAUCGCGGUCCGCAUCGGCGCGACGGUGCUCUUCUCCACCCACUUUCACGAGCUCACCGCCCUCCCGGCGGAGUGUGGCUGUAUGGUGAAUGCGCACUUUGGGGGGGAAAUCGACGCCGAAAAGGGGACGCUGCGGUUCUCGUAUAGGGUCGAACCCGGUCCAUGUGGCCGUAGCUACGGGAUCGAGGUCGCCGCGCUCGCCAACAUGCCAGAGAAAGUGGUUCAAAAUGCACGGAAGAAGGCCUUGGAGCUGGAGAACUUUGGGAGCCUGGCCCCUGCGUCGGGCCUCGUCGGCACGCCCUCGGAUGAAGACGCGUCGGGCCCCAAAAGGAAUGUGGAACAAGCAGACAGUGAGGUUAUCACACGGAUUGCUGGGUAUGCCAAACGCAUUCGGGCCCUGAACUUCUCCCCUAUCGGGAGCCGUGAGGAGUGCGAGGCAAUGCUAAAGGAACUGAGGCAAGAGAUUGAGAACGACCCCGCAGCGCUCGCGUUGAUCAAGCGACGGUGA